CAUAGUUACAUGAACUGGAGCGGUCAAAGAGCGGAGGUGGGAAAGUUCAAGACUAUUCGUUUAAUCACGCUAUGUGUUCCUGUAGACUCUCAAAACAUUUUUUGUCAAAGUUCUGAACUCUAAAAAACCACUAACUUCCGGGUACAGAAGGUUGAGGAAUGGCUUUCUUCCCCUCUCUCCUUCUCUCCUCUUCUCAAAGUGUCCUCCCUCGUGCAGGAAAAAAUUAUCGAAGUUUGUGAGUUUUUGGGGGAAAAUCGUGUUUGGAAUCUGUGGAGUGGUUGCGGAGGAUCCUUUUAUUCCGACUUACAGCGUGAAAAAAUCCAGCAAGUAUGACAGACUCGAGUAGCAAUUCAGCUUGAAUUCCGCAACACCACGCUGUUAAUUGGUGACGCUGUCGCAGUGCGGUCAAUAUUGUACCUCAAACAUCGUCAUAAACAGUACCCCGAAGGAAGCAAUUGGCGGGCAAUGAUGCACCCAACGACGAGUGAGCCACCGCGGGUGGUUGCGGCGAGCGGACCGGCCGCGGCCCAAGUCGAAAAUCAGUCGGCUGACCAGCCAAAGCGCAGAUUGAGCUUGCGAAGGAACUCCGUCUCGCUCCCUGCCCUCAACGUCAUGGAGCCCCCAGAGUACGAUCCUCAGCUGACUCCUGAGCGGGUUCGCCAUGAUGGGUAUGACACCUGCGACACCUUCAGCGACGGAGCUGCUUCAGAUGAAGAGAGCUGCGUCACCACAGAUAUCGAGAGCGCAAAGGUUCCGUUGCGAAAUCUCCGCAAGAAAUCGGUGAUCGUCCCAGCCCGCUCGAAAGUGACCAGCGUCAACGACAAUGAUCUCGACGAGUUUUCCGAGAGCAGUCGGGCCAACUCCGUUACCAGCCUCAACUCUAUCUCAAGUUUGCUCAAGGAAAAGCUUACUAUGGCCUUUCCAAAAGGUAUCAAACGAAGGCGGCCUUCAGGCGAGUAUGAGUUGCGGGGAGUCGUCGCAUUUUUGUUCCUAGCCAUAGUUUUCUUGUGCGGAUUUGCCCAUGUAUUUUAUCACCAGCAAGUCUUACAGCGUGCAUAUUUUGAGGACUUCAGGUUCAAUAAAGAACAACGACAUAUACGGGUAUUUAGCAAGCAAAGCUCAGAAAUAGCUUUAGGUUACCUGGGCGUGGAUAUUUCUGAGGGCGAGCGACCGUACAACUGCCUGCCUGAACACAUGAGAAAUGACGGCUCGAUUUGUAAAGAAUGGAUGAACAGAGCUCGAUUGUAUUUGAAUUAUCAAGAAAAUGGCCCAGACCUGCGGUGCUACAAGAUUUCGUGGUCCAGCCUCUCCAAAGACUACUAUCCCACCGAUUGUUACGAGGAAGGAGGCAAAUAUGGGCACUGGUACGGUGGUGGUCGAACGCUAGGCAUGGCUUGGCCGGUUGAGUUGGGUCGUGUCGAGAUGUCACCCUUCGUCACGGGGCACGUGGAGAGGCACCGCUGGGGUUCCGUCCUCCGUCGUUACUUCAUCAACUCCAGGGGAGUCGCCAUCACCGUCGACCCCCAAACCCCACUCUACGUUUCCAUCAACGCUGGCAAGGAAUCCAGACUCUGUCUUCAAGCUCGUCAUGACGAUUUUGCGUACAUACUGUCCGGGCUCCCGCAGUUGAAUUACACUCUAUGCACAGCAAGUAAUAUGAAGACUCUUCACUUUGGCCUUUCUGAGAAGAGUCUAUGGGACGGACUAACUCAAUCGGAUGUGGAGGUCAUCAACUCACUUAUAACGGAGCCAGUGUGGCAAAUCACGCCGCUAGACAAAAACCGACUGACAGAGAACGCUGUUGUAAACUAUACCGAAGACGUGAUAGCCUUGGGAUUUUUGAGGCAAGGUCACGUUAUGCUGAAUGAAUUCUGGCAGUCUGAGGUUGGCGACUUUACUUUAGACACAAGCAGGUUCCCCACGAUAAAGGACACGAUCAACAUCAUCCAUCGGAGAGGAUUUCGGAUCGUGCUAACAAUUCAGCCGUUCAUUAGCACGGAAUCCUCAAACUUUGCCGAAGCAGUAAAAAAAGGAUAUCUGGUAACCGAAAGAGGUGGAGAUUCAUCUCGAAAAAUUCCAGCCCUGACGCGAUAUAAUUCGGUGCGAAGUGCCGGAAUGAUCGAUAUCACAAACAAUAACACCAUACCAUGGCUCAAGAGUAAACUGUCAAAGUUGGUGGCAGAUUACCAAAUCAACUCAUUUUAUCUCGAUUUAGGAAAAGCGUACGAUAUCCCGCAUUACUAUAAAUUUACAAAAAAACUGACGAAUCCGGACCAUUAUAAAGGACUAUUCAUCAGUGCCGUGGUUGGGAGCGUGCAAGUCUUUGGAGUGUCCGGGGCCAUCGCCCGUCCCCCGGCCCCGAUUUUCGUCUCGCUCCCUCCGCUGCCGUCAACCUGGGAGUCCCUUCAAGUCAUGAUUCCGCUAAUUCUCACUUACGGCAUCGUCGGAUACUCAUUCCUAAUACCUGGUGCAGUCGGGGGAGACUACCUCGUCGACAGGCCCCUUCCGUACAGAGGGAACAACAGUUUGGACUACUCUCUGUCCGGGAUGGGGCACGAAUCAGAGAGCAGCAACGGGCUUCCAGACAGGGAGCUGUACAUCCGAUGGCUUCAGCUCGCAACCUUUCUUCCUGUGAUAAGAUACGCUCAUUUGCCAAGCGAGUAUGAUGAGCAAGUUCUAGAAUUAGCAAAACUUCUGACAAGCCUUCGAACUCAAUCCGUAAACCCCCUGCUGAAAAAAUAUGUAAGUGAAGCUCUGGAUUCGGGGACACCUCUAAUUCGGCCGUUGUGGAUGUUGGACCCGAACGAUUCGGCGUGCCACCUGGUGAAAGACGAGUUCUCGGUCGGCGAGGAGCUGAUCGUGGCACCGAUCUUGAGUCCCGGUAUCUACGAGAAAGAGGUUUACCUCCCGGCCGGCGUCUGGAAGGACGGCAUUGACGGCAGUCUCCGCAAGGGCUCCCGCUGGAUCCACAACUACAAAGUCUCACUUGACAAAGUCGCAUAUUUCGUCAAAAUGCCCGACAACACUCGAUUCUGAUCAUCCGAGCUGCCGAACUACCGCUCGUGAGCAAACCCUUUGCCCCCCAGACAGAAUAACCUGGGGGCCAGGUGGCGAUCCCAAAACUUUGGCCAAAACGGCCUCGCAGGAGCGUUUUCUUAACGAAAAUUUAGGGCAUCAUUCGACAACUUUUUGAGUAGAGCCUCCCCUAGCCUUUUAGAACCUUACUUUGUGAGAAGAGCCCCAAAUUUUCUUUUGGGCAGGUCUCCUUCGGUUUUGGUCUCCUCGGAAAAUUUGAAGCCCACCCCCUUCUCCAGUGCUGUCCAAAAGUUUUGUUUCCGUUAUCAAGGAGAAAGAAAACCUCGCGGUCUCUGCUCCUCGUCGUCCAUUUGAUGAAUGUUAGGUGCACAGGACAAAAGCUCCAAUAGGAAUUGAUUCCCGACUAUUUCGUGAUUGGACUUCAUUUUGCAAAGGAGAUUCAUCAUUUUUGCCUCAUUUUAGAGACCAUUAGUUUCCUUACGUAGAUAGUUUUCUUAUAAAUGGGCCGAAAAUAUUGCUCUCCAUUGCAAAAUUUGAUCCAAUUCAAAAUCUGCAAUUCUGAGGUUGUAAAGAAAAAAAUGUUACGCAUUACUAUAUUGUGCUUUUUAAAGUAACCCAUUUUACGUAACAGAGAACCAUUGGGUAAAAGACACAAGAUUUAAGGAAGCUCUCAGUGAUGAAAAAUUAUCUUACUAAUUGCGUGUGCUUAUUCCCCUCUUUGUAAGAACACAUUGUAGACAAUUUCUAUUCGCGGUGAAUCAAUCGAAAAACUUUAUUAUCAUAUACAACUGUUCGUAGUCCUACAAGUAAUCAAUGAUGUAAUGCCGAUUUUAUUUUUUUUUUUAUUUUUUUUUUUUUAUUGCAUUCGUUCUCAAGAUUUAGCAAAAGCUCAUUGGAGAUUUAAGUCAGAGCUAGUGUUAUUUUGAGAGUAGAGGUUAUACCUCAUAAUCGCUGGAAAACCGAGCUAAUGUCAAAAGUUGGAAUUAAUUUUUUUCUCCAAAAAAGAGAGGAUAAGAAAAGAAAAUGAAUCAGAUUCUAUCAUGAAAGAAGGAUUGGUUUUUCUCUUUUAAAAUGUACGUAUAGUUUUAUUUCAAUAAUUUUGAAUUUGACGCCGCAAAGAGCUAUUCUUUGAUUCGAUCUCACUAGUUAUUUUAGGAUGUUUUAAAAUAGGGAACCAUCUGUUGAAGCUAAAAAAGACUACGUUCCGUAUUUUGUUUUAAAUUAUGCACAGGUUCAAAAAUGGAAAACUUAAAUCACCAUUUAUUUGUACAAAAAAUUUAAGGUGAAUUUUUUGCGUUAGUUUCUGAAAAAAUUUGUGUCGCACGCGCGCUGCUAAAAGCUGAAUCAAAAAUCAGCAAUUACUCUGAUAGUAUAUUUUUGUAUAUUCAACUCUGAAAUGUUUAAGUUGUAAUAGGAAAUUUCUUCAUUUUUUUAUUCAUGAUUACUUUUUCCAUCCCGAAUCUUGGUUCCCUACUUAUACUUUAAUUUACCCUGCAAUUGACGUUAAUGAAUCAAAUAAACGCAUAAUCUGUUCGGA